AUGAAUAACUCUACAGUGACCUUCAACACACUUGCAGCAUCUGCAAAUGCCACAACUCAAUCCAUUGGGCUAAUAGACAGUCUACAGUUGUUUCUGUGCAGCUUUACUUUCCUGUUUGGUAUGCCAAUACACUCCUAUGUUAUAUGGCUCAUCAUCACAGGAGCAGGAAGUGGAGUUGCAUUAGAGUUCUUCAACCUCAAUCUGUCUGUUUGUGAGAUUGGAAUCUGCAUAUUCUGUUUUGUAGAUUCAAUGGCAAUUUGGUUUUCUUAUCUCAAGAUAGGUUCAAAUUUUAUCCUAGGGCUAGGCAUCACUGGUCGUUCUCUGUUUUUGUGUCUGAUGUGUGUUGAGCGUUACCUGGCAGUGGUUCAUCCUGUAACCUUUCUGAAGUACAAACCUCUCAGAUAUAGAGUCAUCUGCUCCACUGUUGUCUGUAUACUAACUCUUGGCUCCUGUUUGUUCAGCAUGUUCAUUUUAAUGGCGCUGAAUAAUACUGCACACACAUGGUUCUUUACAGUGCAGAUUUUCCUUUUCUUCUCUAUCCAGCUCUUUUGUCUUGUGGCUGUUCUUAGAACUCUAAAGCAGUCAGGACCAGGAGACAGAGCGAGAGAGAGAGAAGAGGAAAACAACAUGAAGAGAAAAGCAUUUCAUCUCAUUCUAAUAACUAGUAUGAACACGGUUUUCAUAAAUGUCCCAUUUAUUAUUUUAGCAUUGUUUCGUGUUGUGACAAAGCAAAAUAGUGUGGAACUGCGAAUCGCUGCUUUGAUUUGUUAUUCACUGGGUGGUUUUGUUCAGCCGGUUCUUUAUCUGCACCGCAUUGGAAAACUCCCAUGCCUUUGUUCCUCAUGA